AUGUUGUUAAUAUGGUUGAUGCAUUUCGAUUAUAGAUGGUGCUGGAGAAAAAGCAUACCCUUUUUUGGUUAUUUUUGGAUUUUGACUGCCAUUAUAAAAUUUUCCCAAUUAGUUCAACUUUUUGAUGAAUACAGGAGCGUUGUCCUUAUUAUUUAAGCAGUUCUUGCAAUAAAAAUACAUCUGGCAAUAAUGAACAAGAAAAAUGAGAAAAAUAUUGAAUAAUAUAAGAAGCGAGUCGAUGUAAAAACAGAGAUGACUUUAUGGGUCCAAAAAAAAGUGCUUAAGACUAUCACUGGAAAAAGCGCAUUUUUGUUUUCAUUGUUUGAUGUUUUUUGGAUAUAUUAGGACUUAUUCGCUUUUAUAACAGUAAUGCCGGUCAUAAUGACUUUGGGAGGGUUUGCUGUAAUAAAAUUAUCAGCCCUGGUUGUGAGUUGGGCAUAUCCAGAAUUGUACAUUAAGUUAAAUAGAAAAUUGAAUUGA